AAAAUAUGCUGGAGCGAUAUGAGAUGUAAGUAUUUUUGACAGCGUUGCGUUUUGAGCUAUUCGGCAAUUUUGCAUCUUGAUUUUGAUGUGAACGUAACGUACAGUGAGGGAUCCGCGAUCUUCUUAUGCUUUUACUUUGAAGGCGAGCCUCUCCGGAAACAGUGUUUCCUCAACUAGCUGCCUGGGUGAAGGAAGGUACUGGUUAGACUGGGUAAAGGCACUGGUCAGACGUAUCGCCGAGGGUAACAGAGGCUCUACUCAGUCCCUUAGGGUUCCGGGCUUCCCAGCAGCAGUGGACGGUGGCUGGAGUGACUUAAGUCUUCUGCGGCAGAGAGCUUCCCAGCUCCAUGGUGACCAAGGUGCACCAGCAGCAGGGCAGCCUGCGGUUGCGGCGAGGCCUGGCCAGGGACAAAGACCCUGUGCAGGGCAUGGGAAUGGAGGCCACCUGCUGGCUGACCCCUGGCACACUGCGGAGGCUGAUUGAGCUCCCCUCACCUCCGCUCUCUCGACACCAGCUGAAAAGACUGGAGGAACACAGAUACAGCAGUGCUGGCCGCUCCCUUCUGGAGCCCAUGAUGCAGCACUACUGGGAGUGGCUGGUGGGACGAGUCCCGGCCUGGAUCGCUCCUAACCUCAUCACGGUGGUGGGGUUGGCUACCAAUGUCUUCACCACCUUGGUACUGGUGUAUUACUGUCCCACUGCUACAGAACAGGCUCCUUUGUGGGCGUAUCUCUUGUGUGCUGUGGGCCUCUUUGUCUACCAAUCACUGGAUGCUAUUGAUGGGAAGCAGGCAAGACGUACCAACAGCAGCUCACCUCUAGGGGAGCUGUUUGACCAUGGGUGUGACUCUCUCUCGACAGUCUUUGUAGUGCUGGGUACCAGUAUAGCAGUCCAACUGGGCACCAACCCAGACUGGAUGUUCUUCUGCUGCUUCGCCGGCAUGUUCAUGUUCUACUGCGCCCACUGGCAGACCUACGUGUCCGGCACCCUGCGCUUCGGCAUCAUCGAUGUGACUGAAGUACAAAUCUUUAUUAUAAUCAUGUAUUUGCUGGCGGCCAUCGGAGGAUCUUCUUUAUGGCAAUCACUGAUUCCAGUUGUAAAUGUCCAAGUGAAAAUGGUUCCUGCAAUCUGCACUUUUAUAGGGGCUAUUUUCUCCUGUACCAAUUACUUCAGAGUAAUCUUUACUGGAGGUGUGGGCAAAAAUGGAUCCACAAUAGCUGGAACCAGUGUUCUGUCUCCUGUGUUGCAUAUCGGCUCCGUUAUAAUGCUGGCUAUGAUGAUAUACAAGAAAUCAGCUGUCCAGCUCUUCGAGAGACACCCAUGCCUUUAUAUUUUGGCCUUUGGCUUUGUAGCAGCCAAAAUCACCAAUAAAUUAGUUGUCGCCCAUAUGACAAAAAGUGAGAUGCACCUCCAUGAUUUAGCGUUCCUCGGACCAGGGCUGCUGUUCCUAGAUCAGUAUUUCAACAGUUUUAUCGACGAGUACCUGGUGCUGUGGAUUGCAUUGAUCAUUUCAUUCUUUGACUUGCUGCGUUACUGUGUCAGCGUUUGCAACCAGAUUGCAUCCCAUCUGCGCAUCUUUGUCUUCAAAAUCAAGCCUUCUCCUGCAUCGGGGCUUCAUUAAGGACAGUGCUCCCUGCUGCAAACAAGAUAUUAAACAUUAUAUAGAUACAAGAUUUAUAUAACAAAUAUAGGCAUUUUACAAGUGACUAUGAUCUUGCAGAUACUGUUAAUUUAGAAUUGAGAUCCUUUUCGUUCAUAAGGUCUGUAAGUAAAAAUGUCCAUUUCUCCAAUGAUGGAUAUACUUAAAAGUUGGAUAACUACACAGUAUUGAAAGACAAUGAAACGCAAACUAUUAAAUGUGUUUGAUUGUGAAGUUCACAAAUUGUUUAGUUAUCCUUUAUAUAAAUACUGUCACUUAAUAGAUGUUCUACCUUUAGGUUUAAACAUACUGCUUUGGGACAUUUUUGUAUAUUCUCUUGAAUACACUGCAAGUCAAAUUGUUAGGGGUAAAAUAUUUUUGUUUUUUGCAGUCAGAAAUGCCUUGCACCCAGUUUUGAAGUUUGAACUUGUUUUACAACAUUGUUGAAAUGUUUGCUUUUAUACCUCUUGUUUUAUAUUCUUGCACCCCAACUAAAACCAUUUAUUGACUGUCAUGCUUUCAUUUGCUCAUAAGAUAUGAUGUCUUAUAGCAGGUAUUGAUAACAUUUCUAAAAUGUUGUAAUAAAUAGUAACCAGAUCAGUUGAGCUGAAUCGCUGUAUGUGUGUGUAAAUGUUUAUUCCCUCAAUAACUGUGCUGACUUGAUUUUUUUAAUUUAUCUGUACUUGCUAAUAAAAUUUACCUUUGAGUAUUUAAUGCCAAUACA